UUUUCUUAGUUCCAAAUAUGGGAGAUUGAGAGUUGAGCGAGACAUCCCGGCGGUCUCAGUGCAGUACAAGCUAUGUUGUCAAUGCAGUAAGUUGGUGCAGUUUUUGUGGGAUUAUAGGUUUGUCUGUAACUUACCAUGGAACGUAGAAUUGUCCCUAUGAUAUUGGGUGUACAGUCGAAUUGUUGAAAACGUGAGAGGGCUAUAAAUGAUGCUAUUUGAUUGGGUGUGCAGUCGAAUUGAUGGAAACGUGAGAGGGCUAUAAAUGAUGCUAUUUGAUAAUGGGAGAACGGUAAUGUAAGUGGAAAAUUCUGUGCAGCUUGCUUGCAAUGAGUGACGAUUGUGAGAGCUCAAAAACGUUUUGUGCAAGGGAAGUAUUUCUUGCUUCAGCGUUGUAUGAUGGAUUGGAAGACUGCAAUAUUAGCCAUUUGAAAACAAUCCUGCAGAAUAGAGAUGCCAAUCCAAAUGUCAUUAUCCCAAAACAUGGAAUUUCUCCUUUUCAUUUAGCAAUUGGAAAUGAAUCUGAAGAUUUUGCAGAGGAAGUUACAAGGUUGUUUCUACAAUAUGGAGGAAAUCCUAAUGUAAGGUCUGUAGACAAACAAACUCCUGUUCAUAUAGCAGCGGCUUGGGGUCGCGCUCGUAUUCUUCGUCUGUUGCUUUUAAAUGGAGGUGAUCCAUGGAUCCACGAUAGUGAUGACAACAGUGCUUUUCAUUAUGCAUACAAGGAACAGCACUGGAAUGCCUUAGAGUUAUUGCAGAGUUUUUGGCUCAUAGAUUCAUACAAAGUGGAGGAUUCAGACAAAGAAAAGUAUAUAUUGACAUUUGAGAAAGUAUUUGUGUAUGGCAAGAAUGUUGCUUAUGAAUACAGGGCAGAUUCAAAGCCACCGUGUACUCCGCAAACAGGAUCAGUUACUAUGCGAACUCGCGCAUCAUAUAAUGCUGUCUCAUGGGUUCCAAAGAAUGGUCAUAACCAUCAGGAAUCUGUUGCACUCAUUACAAAUCAUAGUUCUAUUAUCAAGGACCAAAUAAAUGAAGGUUGUAGUAUAACUACACAGGAAUUAUCCAGUGCUGUUCCAGAGAUUACAGUGAAUGGCUAUCCAGAAAGUAAACCUUACAGAGUAGAUGUAAUUCCAGGGGAAGAAUGUAAUAAUUAUGGCCAUGCCGCAAAAUGUCAGAUGCGCGAUGCACCAACUCCUGAACUCGAGGAAGAAAGUUUAAAAAAAGGGAUACAGCGGGACAGUCCGUAUAAUUCUUCUGCGGCCGCAGACGUGGAUUUGAAGGAAAAAGUACUUGAAGAAUUAAAGUCUCAUAAUCUGAGCACUGCUGAAGAAAUUUUAUAUAAUUCUGAAGAUAGAAUUUGUGAAAAGUGUUUUCAGAAGUUGGUACCAAAAUAUUUUCCAGAAAUAAGUGUGGAUAAGUCAUUGAAUAUUAUUAAGAAUAAUGAAAACUUGCCUCUGAAGUUUGUGGAAGUACUAAAUGUAGAAAAUGGAAAUGGUUUGCAAGCCAUGGGAAAUAAAGCUGCAGGUGUCGUCUCUCAGACAAAGACAGCUAUUGCGAAGCAUAAGAUUCCCACCAUUUAUGAAUGUCGUGCAAGAAAUAUUCCUUUGCCAGUAAAUGUCACUGUUUCUGAAAGUGAUGUAGUCACAGCCUGUAAGAGUCAUAACAUAUUUACGUCUCAUGACGAUGGCUGUCACAGAACAGGCAAGGGACAUGGAGUGUUUAAAUAUGAAUGGAAUAAUGAGAUAAAGGAUGACAGAAUUACAGACUACUGUGGUUCAAAAUUAAGAAAUGGAUUUGAUGUAUCAUCACCUGAAAUGAUUCCUGAAGAGGAAUGGUUAGCUAGUCAGUCUUGCUUUGAUCUUUCUGAAAGCUCCGACUAUUUCACCUGCGACGACAUUUAUCCUGUGGUAAACAUAACUGACAUUAGUGUUAGAAUAAAUGGUGAAAGGACAAACCAUAUCAAGAAUAAUGCAUAUAAUUCCAAUGGUAGAACAAGUCCUUGUACGACGGCAUCGUUAUCGUCGUCCCGAAGCAUUGAUUCUUUUGUGAGUUUGUCUGAGGAGUACAAGUAUUCAGAUGAAGAAGGAGGCGUGGUUCUGUUGGAAACAAGGUUCCUUGUGCCAGCUGUCAGUAUUUCAGAUCUUCGGCCUGAAAAGGUAGAAUGCAAAACAGCUGAUCCACCCACACCUUCCAGGCCGCAAGAUGAAGUAUGCUAUACAGGGCAGUCCACUUCAUCUGACACAUCAAUUCCAUCGAGUCUGGAUUAUGAUACGGACGUACUGCGAGGGAAGCUGAAAGAUAAUGGUUACAUCCCUGGUCCUAUAGUUCCUACAACUAAAAGACUGUACCUGAGGAAGCUGCUCAGACUUCAGAGGAAACCAAUUCAAAUAUCAGCUGAAACCAAAGUCUAUAGCCCUGAACUGCAGCGCACAAUACAAGAUUUUAACUGGCAGAAAUGGUUGCCGGAUUACCAGAGACUUGAAAAAGAUGUGGCACAACAGUUUUCACAGCCAGAACCAUUGCGGCGCUGGCGAGAGGGCAUUACGAAAUCAUCUUUCACAUACUUAUUGCUAGAUCCACGCAUCACUAACAAUCUUCCGUGUCGUGCAGAAUUUCUUAGUGAGUCUCAGACCUGGUCCACUUUUUUGUCUUCUGUCUUCUACAUAGGAAAGGGUAAGCGUUCGAGACCUUAUUCUCAUCUAUACCAAGCGUUUGCUGUUUGGAACAAGAAGACAGUGGGGAAAACAAACCAGAAAGUGCAGUUUAUUCUAGACAUUUGGAAGGCAGGAAUGGGUGUUGUGUGCCUCCAUGUGUUCCAGAAUGUAAUACCAGUAGAAGCAUACACGCAUGAAGCAUCAAUGAUGGAUGCAAUUGACGUACGGAACUUGAAGAAUGCACGAUGCGGUGAAUAUUAUGGUGCAGCCGCCACGUGGACAUCACAUCAGAAACGAAUGCUUGGGACAUAUUUAUUGUAUCGUGCAAUGUGCAUCUUCCUUCAUGAAGGAGAAAGACAGUUAAGACCAGGAGAUCUUGGUUAACAAAUAAAGUUCAUUAACAUAAUUAUUUCCUGUCAGAAGCUGUACAUAUGAAAUAGUUUCAUUUGCGGCUUUCUUAUGGCAUGACUGUAGAGUGAGACGCUGGCAGCUUAUCUUGCCUAAGAAUACGCCACGCUGUUGCUUGAUCUAAUUGGAGGCAUUACCCACAAUGAAAAAUGGUCUCAGUAAAUCCAGAUUAUUUAUGUAACUGCUGAAUGUGGGUUGUCUUUUUAGAUCUAAGCAUAUUUAACACCAAUAUAAUAAAUUCAGCGACAGACAUUGAAGUUAAUCUUCUGUGACUGAAGAAUGACAAUUUUGGGUUUUUAUCCAUAAAGCUUCCAGAUUGAAUGGAUUAUUCCUCUGGACUUUUGAUUCUGAUGUAUUCCAGAGAUCUGGGAAACAUGACCACAAUCAUCUAAUGAUAAGGCUGUAAUAAAGUAAUGAGCCACUCUGUAGGAUAAAUUACUAAGAGCUUUGAUUGUUUUCCAGUGUAAAUUUGUUUCAGAAUAAUAUUUUUGAUGCUGCCAUAUUUUUUGUCAUUUUUGACACUUUGAUGUAUUUUGAUAGCAUGACAUAGAAAUAUACAAGUUUUAAUGUG